AUGGUGAAGCAGACGAUCCAGAUUUUCGCGAGGGUAAAGCCCCCUGCUCGGAAGCAGCAAUCAGGGAUUUAUUCCAUAGAUGAUGAUGAAAAUUUAACACCUUGCUUGGAAAUUAUCAUACCUCGUGAUCUGGCAGAUGGAUUUGUGAAUAAUAAGCGAGAAAGCUACAAAUUUAUAUUUCAGAGGAUUUUUGAUCAAGAUGCAAAGCAAGAGAUCAUUUUUGAAAACAUUGCCAAACCAGUUGCUGAGAGUGUGCUGGCAGGUUACAACGGUACCAUCUUUGCAUAUGGACAAACGGGCAGUGGCAAGACAUUCACUAUCACAGGUGGGGCUGAGCGUUACAGUGACAGAGGCAUUAUCCCAAGGACGCUGUCAUACAUCUUUGAGCAGUUACAAAAGGACAGCAGCAAAAUAUAUACAACACACAUUUCCUACUUGGAAAUCUACAAUGAAUGUGGUUAUGAUCUAUUGGAUCCAAGACAUGAAGCCUCCAGAUUGGAAGAUUUGCCGAAAGUGACACUAUUGGAGGACACUGAUCAGAACAUUCAUCUGAAAAACCUGUCUCUGCAUCAAGCAACAAACGAGGAAGAAGCUCUGAAUUUGCUCUUCUUAGGAGACACCAACAGAAUGAUUGCAGAGACUCCCAUGAACCAAGCCUCGACCCGUUCCCACUGCAUCUUCACCAUUCACUUGUCAAGCAAGGAGCCAGGCUCUGCAACUGUCCGGCACGCCAAGCUCCACCUGGUUGACCUGGCUGGCUCUGAGCGAGUUGCCAAGAGUGGCGUAGGGGGCCAGCUUCUGACGGAGGCCAAGUAUAUCAACUUGUCACUGCACUACUUGGAGCAGGUCAUCAUUGCCCUUUCAGAAAAAAACCGUUCGCACAUUCCUUACAGGAACUCCAUGAUGACCAGUGUCCUGAGGGACAGUUUGGGAGGGAACUGCAUGACCACUAUGAUUGCAACGCUGUCUUUAGAGAAAAGGAAUAUCGACGAAUCUAUAUCUACCUGCAGAUUUGCACAACGAGUGGCACUCAUAAAGAAUGAAGCUGUUCUUAAUGAAGAAAUCGAUCCCAGAUCGAUGAUUAUAUGCCUUCAAAAGGAAAUCCAGGAACUGAAGGAUGAACUGGCCCUUGUCACUGGGGAGCAGAGGACAGAGGCACUCACAGAAGCAGAGCUCCUCCAGCUGGAAAAACUAAUAACAUCCUUUUUGGAAGACCAGGAUCCACAGAGUAGACUAGAGGUCGGCGCUGAUAUGCGUAAAAUUCAUCACUGUUUUCAUCAUUUAAAGAAACUAUUGAAUGACAAGAAGAUCCUCGGGAACAGUACAGUCUCCUCUGAAAUCAAAGAGCCAGACUGCCAAGAACCAGUGAGAGAGGAAGAAUAUAAAAAGCUACGAGACCUUCUAAAGCAGAGGGAUAAUGAAAUCAAUAUUUUAGUCAACAUGUUAAAAAAGGAAAAGAAGAAAACUCAGGAUGCUCUCCACUGCUCUAGUGUGGACAGAGGUGAAAUCCGACUCAUCCAGAGCUCACCCUUCCCACCUGGAAACCCAGAAGGUCAGAGGACAUCACUGUUCUCAGCCCCGACACAGUCCCAGGAUUGCAGCAUGCUCAGGAAUAGAUCCAGUUUGCUCCACAAAAAAUCAGGRAUGAGAGAGGAAAUGUCAUUAGGACGCCAGGAGGCUUUUGAAAUCUUCAAGAGGGACCAUGCUGACAGCGUUACCAUCGAUGACAACAAACAGAUUCUGAAACAAAGGUUUUCUGAAGCAAAGGCCUUGGGAGAAAGUAUAAAUGAAGCAAGAAGUAAAAUUGGUCACCUGAAGGAGGAGAUCACCAGGCGGCACAUACAGCAGGUGGCUCUAGAAGUCUCAGAAAACAUGGCCUUUCCCUCGACAGCGGACCAGGAAGGCAGACUGCGAUCACAACUGGAGGAAGAGAAGAGAAGGUACAAAAUUAUGUUCACCCGCCUGAAGGCCCUGAAGGUGGAGAUCGAGCACUUGCAGCUGCUCAUGGACAAAGCCAAGGUGAAGCUGCAGAAAGAGUUUGAAGCCUGGUGGGCAGAAGAGGCCACUCACCUGCAGGUAAAUUCUCCAGCAGUGAAUUCACUGGAUCACGCGAAGCCCUCUCCCCAGAGCUCUGAAUCCCAGCAGGACCAGUCCCAGCUUCUCUCCAGCCAGAGUUCUCGAGGCAGGGAAGCCCAAGACCAAGGCACUGGCAAUUUUGGUGUCUGUGUCCUGAGUGGCAGAAAAGUCUCGCCCUCGCCCUGCCCCAGCCCGUGCAGCCCCGAGCCGAGCAGCACUGGCACCUGGCUGGAAGGCAGCAUCCCUGAGAGGACAACUUCGUCUGUCCCUCUCACCGGAGACAGCCAGACGGACUCUGACAUCCUGGCAUUCCUCAAGGCCAGGCAGAACAUUCUGCAGAAGAAAUAUGUCACAUCUAAGGCCUUCCGCUCCGUUUGUUCCCUGUCCCUGAAGGCGGCUCUCUCUCCUGCCCAGCCUUCUCCAAACAGGAAGGGCCUGAGUGUUCAGCCUCAGGUAGCCCCUUAUCACCUCCGGAUGUCAGACGGCACUCAGCCAUCAGCCUGCUGGGCCAGGACAACCAUCACUACCAGACUGAGGCCAGACCCACCWCGGAUACUAGGAGCCAAAGAGAUUGCUCUGUCCCACCCGGGGGUCCUCAGGCAUCAGCGGAUGGACAUUCUAGAUGCCCAUGAGAGGACUCUGCACAUAUUUGCUUCUCCAGAGCAGUCGAAGAGGGUUUGA